ACCAGAAGCAACAAUAAUCACAAUAACAAAAACGACAACAACAGCUACAAUAACAACACCAACAACAACAACAACAACAACAAAAACAACAGCAGGCGGCAGCUCAUAACGGCUAGAACAAAAUAUAAAACGGCUUUUGAGCCAAACUAUUGCGUAUUUGGCGAGGCGCUCGAACAAUGGUUGCGGCUGCUGCCGACGUUCAAAUAACAGCAAUAACAACAACAACAACAACAACAACUAUUAGCGACGCAGCGCUGCCAACGCCAGCAGCGACGACGACGACAUCAGCGAACGCCAAUAGCAGCGGCAGCAGCGUUCAAUUUGCAGCAUUAGCGGCCGCAAGUGCCAGCGAUACACAAGCUGCGACCUCCAAUUCAAAUAAUAACAACAACAACAACAACAACAACAACAUCAACAGCAGCAGCAGCAAAAAGCAUAUUGAUAAGCGCGACAGCAGCAACAACAACAACAACGACAACAUGUCAGAUGCAAGCGACGCCGAUGCCGCCAAAGCAACAGGCACAUCAACAACACCAACAACAACAGUAACAGUAACAACAGCAGCAGCAGCAGCAGCAGCAGCAGCAGCCUCUGCUGCAGCCGCGCCCACCAAAAGCGCCGUUAGCCAGCGCAAUGUGGACAUCAAAAUCGAGAAAUGCAGCAACAUGGAGGCGGCCACACAGCAGCUGACCAAAAAGGUGCUCAAACUCGAUUUGGGCGGCAAGAAUCUGGAUGAGUACUCGCUCAAGUCGCCAAAAUCGCCCAUCGCGGCACGUUUGCCGCAUCAAACAUCAUUGACGUCAUCGGUGGACGUUGAAGAUCGAAAGACAUUACGAGAGGCCUUAUACCAGGGUAUAUUCCAUCGACAUCGGCGCACCAUAUUCGCCGUCGGCAGCUUCCUUCGAAUGCUGCGCAGCCGGAACUCGCAGUAUAAUACCAUACGCAGCUCGUCGGAGGGCGAGGAUAUCGAUGAGUGUAUUGGCCAGAGACAACACUCGAAAACAUCAGCAGCAACAGCAAAAGCAACAGCAACAAAAGCAACAGCAACAUCAGCAACAUCAACAACAACAUGAAUACAUCAACAACAAUAAACAAGAACAACGACAAUCUGGAUUAUAAUAUGGAACUUGUUUUAGAUGGAACAUAGUGCAGCCAGUCGCACAACUUGUCGUUCGUUGCAUUCUCUAUUUUACUUUCAUUUAAUCAUCUUCUCUUCUUUCUUAAUACUGCAAUUAUUAUUUAGCACGAUAUUUGGGUGGAUCCAUUGAUGCAGGCCGCGUCUUGUUCUUUUUUUUUAAUUUUUGUUAAGCAUAAUCUAGUAUAUAUACCUAUAUAUAUAUAUAUGUAUAUAUAUAUAUAUAAAGCAUAUAGCUUCUAGUUUUUAGUGUAUAUGUAGAUUCGUUGUAAUCAUGGCUUGUAUGUAUGUAUUUGUAUCUAUUAUAUACGGGGCUGCACAGCCGCAAAAGACUUGUUGCUGGUUCACGGUUCACGGUUCACGCGCGGAACCAGUCGCAACUCGUCGCCUGGUUCACGGUUCACGCGUGGAACCAGUCGCGGCAAAGAACUUCGAAUCCGGCUCAAGAUUCAAAUGUUUAACAAAUUUGUCAAAGCUUAGACUUAAAUGUUGAACUAUUUUGUAUGAUUUUUAAGUUGGUUUCUUUUUGCAUAUUAUAGGAAUGGUUUUUUUUAAAUACUAAUACUAAGCUAGUCGGCUCAAGGUCCAUGUUAGUUUUCUUAUAUUUAUAUAUGUAGAUAAUUGUCGAAAGACAAGAUAUGAGCAGGAUUCUAUCAAACAGCAGACUUUGCUAUCGACUCUAGGCUCUUGCUCGCUCGUACCUAAAACUUGUUGCGAAUUACAAGUUGAUUUGUUGUUGUCAAUAACUUGUACUUGUUAUUAUACCUAUUAUGCACAGAUCUCAAGCCGGCCAGCUUAAUAUUAAUAUAAUAAUAAUAAUAAUAUUUUUUCGGAAUUAGUUAAGUUAUUUGAUUAAAAUUGAACGCCGGAUUCGAAGCUUUGCGGCCUGCAGUCUCGGAUGUAUAAUGUAUGGCUAUGCUAAAACAAAGAAGAGUAAUAAGAAAUCGCUUUUCGCUCAUAUACAACUCCAUUUAUGAUCAUGUUAAGCUAACCUUAGCAUUAUAUACAAGAAAGAAAAACAAAAAUAGUUUCAUUCCAAAAAGCAAAGCCCCAAAACAAAGCAACCAUAAGACUAGCCACAAUGUUGUGUUUAGCAUUUAGUCAGCGGACUUGAGUUAAGUCAAAGUUAGUUGCACUUAAUUAUUGUUUAGUUGUUCAUUUAUUUCAUAUUUAAUGCAUUCCGAGAACAUUUUCAACAACAACAAAACUGAGCUGAAAACAUUCCCUCAUCUGGACAACAAAUUUGUCUCUGUCUGCUCCUUUGCCUUUUCCCUUUCUGCAAGCAAACGGAUCUGAAAGACGCCUUAUAUUCAAACAAAAUAAUAAUAAUAAAUAAAUAAACAAAUAAAAUAAUAUAAAAGAAGUAAAUAAUUUUAGUAUUUAAAGCCGUUUUUCUUAUAUAAGCCAAAUGUGAGCCUAAGCUAGAAGAAAUGCAUUAAUAUCCAUGCGUGUUAUAAUGUAAUACUGUAAUACUGUAAUACUGUCAAACUGUAAAACUGUUAUACUAUACAACUGUAAUACUGUUUAUAACUGUACAACUGUGUAAAACUGCGCCUCGUUAACUCGAUAACAAUUCGAUUGUCGAUCGAUCAAUUUUGGUUUUGCAACUUGCAGAGAGCUUGUUGAUGGUUCUUUUUAUUGAUUUAUUGCUUGAUAAAUGGAGAAAAUCCAUGACCAUAUAUCAGACAUUAUAAUUAUUAUAGAUAUAUAUUAAGUGUCUGUCUCUGUUUAUCUCGAGCCAAGUUCACAGUUCUUAAGCUUAAUUUUCUCUUAAUCAGAGUCUCAUAUAUUAUAUAACAAAUAGAAUAUUACAGAAAUUGUUGUUACGUUUCUUCUCUUAGCCUUGUUCUAGAAUUUAUCCAUAGUAUAUAUCGUAACGCUUAGGCCCAUUUAAUUUCUAUGAAAACUAUGUUAAUGAAACCUGGUACAGAUGCUUUUCUUUUUUGAUACAUAAAGUUAGCACAUAAAACGCAAUAGACUUGAUCCGAUUAGUACAACAUAUAGUAGCCAUAUUUAUUAAGUUGUUAAGCCGAAUAACUUUGUUUUUUACACAUAAACCAGACCAAAAUCAAUAAGAACAAGUUUCCGUAAGCCUUAUACAAAAUAUAUAUAUAUAUACACAUAUAUGUAUAUAUAUAGAGCCAAAUUUGGUUGGACCAAUAUACAAAAUAGAUAACAUAGAAUCCAUAGAUAUUUGUGUUAUUGUGUGGUAAAGUUUAAAUAUUUUUUAUAAAGAUCGAUAUAGGACUCGUAGAAUAUAUAUAUAUAUAGAUAUAUAGAGGCUAUAUGCAGGAUCGAAUGCUAGACUUUGGUUUUAGAUCAGUUUGUCUGGGAAUAAAGCUCUCUGCAAGUGCCAGCCAGAUGUUAGCUUCUUACUUUUGAAUUAUAAUAGUUUAAAAAACCUGUUUUUUUUGAGAAUAUUGUUAAAGUCAGUUUUCAUUGCUAAGGGAACAAACAAAAGUAUAAUACUUAUAUGAAAAUAUUGUAAAGCCGCACAAGAACCUAAUGCAUAUAUAUAUAUUAUAUAUGAAUAUAUAUGCAUAUAUAUGCAUAUAGUUCGAUAUAUAAAUGCCUAAUUAUAGUUCCAACAGGCAGUAAACUAAUGUAUACCUCUUGAUUUGCAGUAAACAGGCUACACACGCGUAUAAGUAUGUUGGUACACAUGAUAUGAUAUGAUAUACUAUAUAUAUAUAUAUAUAUAUAUAUAUAUACAUAUAUGUAUUUUAGAGCAUUUUUGUUUAGUGCUAGAGAAAACUAAUGUUAAAUGAGAUUUUGUACAGCGAUAUACCCUAAGUGUAUACCCUAUGAAAAAAAGAAACAAAACACAUUCAUGACAUACCAGAGGAAAAAAAAAAAGAGAAACUGUUGAAAAUUGUUUGAUAGUUAAAAUU